AUUCGUCAUAUUUUAUAUUUAUAUUACCCAUAAUGUCUUAUAAUAAUAAACCCCUAUGGUAUUACCUGGACGACUAUUGGGACGAGAUUGCUGACCCCCGGGUCAACCAUUGGUACAUGCUCAAUGGGGGCAUCUGGAAAAUACUACUCGUUAUGACCGUUUACCUAAUCAUUACCAGGGUCAUUCUGCCCAGACAUAUGAAAAAUAGACCUCCGUAUGUCAUGAAGAAUCUGAUCCUAUUCUACAACACAGUUAUGGUGGUCUGCAAUGCUGUCGGCGCCUAUUGGGCAGUCAUUGCCAUAGAUUACGGCAGAAUAUUCUUAGACUUUACGUACCCGUCCCGUGAGGACACUUCUGAGUGGACCAUGUUUUUCAUGAAUUUAGGUUGGCUAUGGAUGAUCACCCGGUUCAUGGACCUGAUGGACACCGUAUUCUUUGUAUUACGCAAAAAGGAGUCCCAAAUAACAACACUCCACUUAUACCACCACACGGUGGUGCCCAUACUCGGGUGGGUAUCGUUCAAAUACAACGCUAUGAUACCCAUCAUCCGGAUGUUCCUGCUAUUCAACUCAUUCAUACACGUAAUGAUGUACGGCUACUACGCCCUGUCCUCCCUGGGGCCUGGCAUUCAAAAAUACUUGUGGUGGAAAAAGUACAUCACCCAGUGCCAAAUACUACAGUUCCUCAUAUGCGGCUGCUAUGGUGUGGUACUGUAUUUCAUGCAAACCGGUUAUCCCAUGGAGUGGUUCGGGUUCGCCGUCGGACAGAACCCACUGUUUUUCUAUAUGUUCUAUGAUUUCUAUAGGCAAUCGUAUAAGAGGGGAACUCCUAAAAAGUUAAAGCAAUAA